AUGAGCUCGCCCCGACAGCGCCUGCCCUGCCACACGCUCAUCACGACAGGCCGCCCCGAUAGCGCCGACAGCCGCGCCAAGCCACCCCGCCCCACCGCGCAACAACUUUGGCUGGCCGCGCCGUCGCCGCACGUCCCCGCCGCGCCACCCCGCCCCACCGCGGGCGCUCCGGCUCGCCCCACCGCAUCACCGCCCCGCCACCCCGCCCCACCGCCACCGCCUCGGCUCGCCGCGCCGUGCUACCCCACCGCCAGCGGCCCAGGCCGCCGCGCCGCCCGAGGGGACGCUGGCCGCCACCCUGACCCCGGCUCCGCCGCUGCCCGAGGCCGCCUCCGCGCUGAGGCCGCUGCUCGAGGUCUCCUCCGCCCGAGGCUCGCCGACGGCCCUCGGCGCCGCCGCAGGCCGGUCCUCGGCCGCCCUCCACCAUGA